GGCCUCCCUCUACUCCAUCGUCCCCAACCUCCCCCGGCAAUCAUUUCCGCCACCGUGCGCCGCCAUUGAAUGCUCCAGCGGCGAUCCGCUUUGCUAAAGCAGCUAGACGCGGUUGUUCCACCCGCAGAAAGUGAAGCCAGCAUCCAUUCACUUCGUAACAGUACCCUUGCGUUAUGGUGCCGGCCGGCCGGUCGGCGCUGGCCGAUCCCUCCCUUUUAAGCCCGCCGGAUCCGGGCGUUUCUUCCCCGGCUGUGGGAGACGAGCGCGAGGGUCUCCAAUGGCGGCGUUCCGCUGCGUUCUCGCUUCGGUUCUCGUCGCGGCGGCGGCGAUGGCGGCGGACGCGCUCGGGGUGAACUGGGGCACGAUGUCGACGCGACGGCUGCCGCCCAAGGUGGUGGCGCGGCUGCUCGCGGACAACGGGUUCCGGAAGGUGAAGAUCUUCGACGCCGACGAGCGGACCAUGGCGGGGCUCGCCGGGACGGGCAUCGAGACGAUGGUCGCCGUGCCCAACGACCUGCUCGCCGCCGUCGCCGACUACGACCGCGCCAGGGAGUGGGUGAAGGAGAACGUCACCAGGUACGCCUUCGACGGCGGCGUCGACAUCAGGUUCGUGGCCGUGGGCAACGAGCCGUUCCUCCGGGCGUACAACGGCUCGUUCGACCGCGUCACCGUGCCGGCGCUGCGAAACAUCCAGCGCGCGCUCGACGAGGCCGGCCACGGCGGCAGGGUCAAGGCGACGGUCCCCGUGAACGCGGACGUGUACGAUUCGCCGCCGGGCGACCCGGUGCCGUCGGCGGGGAGGUUCCGCGCCGACGUGGCCGGGGUCAUGGCCGAGAUGGUGCGCUUCCUCAGCCGCAGCGGCGCGCCGCUGACGGUCAACAUCUACCCGUUCCUCAGCCUGUACGGGAACGACGACUUCCCGCUCGACUACGCCUUCUUCGACGGCGCCGGCAAGGCGAAGCCGGUGGUCGACGGCCGGGUCACCUACACCAACGUCUUCGACGCCAACUUCGACACCCUGGUGUCGGCGCUGAAGAGGGUCGGGUUCGGCCACCUGCCGGUCAUGAUCGGCGAGGUCGGCUGGCCGACGGACGGCGACCGGCACGCCACGCCGGCGCUGGCGGAGCGGUUCUACGCGGGGCUGCUCCGGCGCCUCGCGGCGAGGAAGGGCACGCCGCUCCGGCCCGGCGCGCGCAUCGAGGCGUACCUGUUCGGGCUCAUCGACGAGGACGCCAAGAGCGUGGCACCGGGCAACUUCGAGCGCCACUGGGGCCUCUUCACCUUCGACGGCCGGCCCAAGUUCCCCCUCGCCCUCCGCGGCGGCGGCGGGCGCCCCGCGAUGCCCGUCCCGGCCAGGGGCGUCGAGUACCUGCCCCGGCGGUGGUGCGUGCUGAACCCGGACGCCGGCGACGGCGCCGCGGCCCGAGUCGCGGACAACGUCGGCUACGCGUGCGGCCGCGCCGACUGCACGGCGCUGGGGUACGGGUGCAGCUGCGGCGGCGCGCUGGACGCGCGCGGGAACGCCUCGUACGCGUUCAACGCGUACUACCAGGCGCAGGGACAGGCCGAGUCGGCGUGUGAUUUCCAGGGGCUCGCCGUCGUCGUAGACGAGGACGCGUCGCGGGGCAAGUGCAACUUCAGCGUGCAGGUCGUCGGGUCGGGCGCGCCGGCGGCCGCAGCGGUGGCUGCGGGGACGGCGGCCGUGCUGGCGGCUCUGCUUCUUGUGUUGCUUUGAGCUCGCGAGGUGUCAAUGCGACGGUUGUAGAUUGUAGGACGUGACGGCAUUAAGAUGUUGUACUAAGUACUUUCGAUCACAUGAGAUGUUUUGUGCUCAUAUUUGAGAGAUUAUCAGUUCAUAUGUAA